AUGGCAUCGCACAGCCAUUUACCGAAGGACUUUUUUGACGAUGUCUUCGACAUGCAAGUCAGAACAAGAGAUUGGACCGCCGAACAUCACAGUAACCUGGGGCGUCCGCUGCCUGAAGACCAGGACCAGCGACAGACUGUAACGGACAUGGGAGGAGCAGGAAGCACUACUGAGGCAAAGACCUCUGUCGAUCUCGAAUCGCAGAUCAAACUGCUGCAGUCCGUACGAGAAUUAGAGGAGAAGCUAGCCAAAGCAAAGCGGAAGUUGCACCACUCUCUAGAGAAAGGUCGGUCAAAGCGAUCGAAAGCCCUUGCUCACGCGCAAGGUACACACCCAGCGCCUGUCGUCCUCACCAAAGAAGACUACAAGGGGUUGGUUGACCUCUACUACUACAGCCAUCGGGAUCGGUUCACACCACAUGGGCCUGACUAUUCACCAUCACCAAUCGUCCUCGAAGACUACACAUUCAAGCUCUCCGAACGUUUCGAUAAUCCAGAGUCUGUAAGAGAGGAUGAUUCCGAUGAUCCUACUUACGAGUCGCCGCUCCUGGAGAUCGAGAAAACACUUCUUAGCAACCAAAGACGAGAGAUCUCCACAAUGCAGGCUUUCGUUAAUUUGCUCCUUGAUGACACCUCGUCGAACCGCGCCCUCUUUACCAUAUAUAAACAAUUUCCAAGUCCUGGUGUUUCAAGCCUUCCGAAAGGCAUCAUUCGCAUGUUUCUCCAAAGGAUGUCUACGCCUUGGAUCAAGUCCAAAAGAGCUAUGCUCCGAUACUUAUCUCUUAUUGACGACAUGGAAGAAGCAAAGCUACCAAUUACCCGAGCUGAGUGGUCGUCAGCGAUCUAUCUCGCUGGGCGAUCUCUCGGUAAGACAAGUGUGUCGGAUGUCAGUGCUGCGAUCGAUAUAUGGCGAAAGAUGGAGCACGAGGCCGGCGUCCGAGCAACUCAUGUUACGUUUAACAUCUUAUUUGAUAUCGCCGUCCGAGCCGGCAAGUACACACUUGCUGAGAACAUCAUGAAGGAGAUGUAUGCACGAGACUUGAGACUCAACCGUCUUGGGCGUGUGAGUCUCAUAUAUUACCAUGGUAUUCGCGGAGACGGAGAUGCGGUGCGCCGGACUUAUCGCGACUUUGUCGAAGCAGGGGAGAUUGUUGACACUCUAGUCCUCAACUGCGUCAUAGCUUCACUGUUGAAUGCGCAGGAACCGAGCGCCGCGGAGCAAAUCUACGAGCGUAUGAAAGACCUUCAGAAGCGACUAGAAUCUGGUCAGAGAGCUGAUGGCAGUGAGACGUUCUAUAUCAGAUAUCCGAAUCCUGGCGAAUUCUCCACGAUCAAUCGAGAGGCGGCGUCCAACUCGCUGGGUCGAAUACUGCUUGAUGCGCCUCGUCUGAAACAGAAACUACCGGAUCACCACACGGAACUUCAGAACAUCAUGCCUUUGCGGCCCGAUCACAUGACGUUCCGAGCAAUGGUCUCCUAUCACGCCAAUGUAACUGGUGACCUUGACAGGAUCACUGUCCUCAUCAAAGAGAUGACUGAAGAUUAUGGCUUGCCAAUGCGCAACGUCUUCUUCCAGCUGCUGUUGAAGGGGUUCGCCCUUCAUGGACGUGCGAAUACCGCAGAGGACAGAUGGACGAUCAAACGGCUGGCUCUUGUAUGGAGAUCUUGCCGCCAAGCCAUCUUGGAUGCGAAAGCUGCGCACCGUGCAAUGAACUUCACACCAGAGGAAGGGACUGAGGUUGAUCCAUUGCCAACAGUGGCCUCGCUUGAAGGUCGUGAGAAAGCUAAGAAGGAAGCUCGUGAGGCUGUAGAUGCUGCCAAGCAGAAACGCCUGGAUCCCUGGGACGAUUUCGUCCUCGACUUGGCGGCCUUCCCACGUGAGCGACGAAAGCCAAUUGAGAGGAUUCAUGCCCAAUUAUUUGACGAUGAGCCAGCGCAAUCUCGUGGCUUUCUCAAUCCCUUCUUUCCGUCCAGGAAACAAGAGGCGUCCUCGAACCAAGAGAUGUUUUACGCAUUAGGCAACGAAAAGCUCGACCAUGAGGAAGGCGAAUAUGUGCUUCCUUCGCCAACUCGUGCGUCUAUAGCGAACUCUACCGAGUCAGACGAAUGGCACGCAGGCGAAGACAUGCCACAAAAUGAGAGUCACAUGACCAAUGGCCAGCCUACGGACAUCAGAACAGAUACGCCAGGCGAAGGCUUUGCUGCCGGACCGCACUCCUCGGAUGCCCGACCGAUACCUCUUGGACGCGACUCCGAUGCAGCGUCCAGAUCGGACUCGACCGAUGUACUUCAACGCCACGCAGACCAGCAUCAUGAGAUCGAUGAGAAGGCAGAAGAUGCUGGCGAAUACAGGCAGUACGCGACUCAGCGGAUAACCGGAGAUCGUCCGAUGGCUUGUUGGCUUUUGCGAGCAUAUGCGCGCUGCACUGGCUCACGUGCCAAGGUGGAAGAGGUCUACGCCGAGUUGCGGAAAGUAUGGAAGCCCGAGAACGAGCAAGAGAGAGACAGUGUUGUGAGAGUACUUCAACGGUGCCUAAGAGACUGUGAUCGGUACGGUGGUCAUAUGCUUUGA